AUGCCACCAAAAGGUUGGAAGAAAGAUUCAGAAGGAAAAUAUCCAACUACUUCUUAUGUGAAGGAACAGGAAAAUGUUACGAUUCAAGAUCUGUUGUUUCCCAGGAGUGUUGCCGUAAGUUUGGCAAAAGAGGGUGCCAAUUCGAUUCUUGGCCCAGGUGUUUCAGAACAGGAUGUGGAUGUUGCAAAUGUUGACGAAGAACAAGUUGGUGAGUCUGACGCUCCUAAGAAGACUAAAAGUAAUUCUGUCAUGAUUAAUAAGGAUGCUAGUCUUGCUGUACAGAGAAGUGCUACGGUAUUUGUCAACCAUUUGUUGAUGUUUGCUAGAGAUAUGGCAAAACAAAAGGGUAGGAAGAGUUGCAAUGCAGAUGAUGUCAUGGAAGCACUGGAGGUGAUUGGUUAUGCUGGUUUUAAACCAAUGAUAAGAGAAAAAUUAGAUGAUUUCCAGUCGAUUCAAACAUUGAGAAAGCAAAGGAAGACUCCUUCAAAUCCUCAAGGUGAUGAACAAGGAGGGGAGCAAGAACAGGAGCAGGAAACCAAUAGUCAAACUAUUGAAAUUGAUGAACAAGAAACUAAAAAACUAAAAACUGAUACAGAUGAAUAA